UAAGAGAAAGAGUUGGCAAAACAGCUCAAUUCAAAUUGGAUCUGACUGAGGAGGCUCAGCAGAAGCACCUCACUGAGGACUAGGAGCAUAGGCUUUCCAUGCAGAGCGAAGACCUGCAGAAGUGCAAAGCCAGGUACAGGCGCCUGGAGGCUCAGUGGCUGAGAUGGUCAGCCAGUUCCAGGCCAUGAUGCAGUCCCACUGGAACAAGGUCCUCCUGCUCUUGGCCACCAGUGGCACUUCCCUCCAGCCUUUGCCCAAAGCCCCACACCGGGAGGCUGAAGUGUUCCAAGGAACACCCCGAACGAAAUAAAGCUCUGAGGCUUGAGGUUCCUCAAAGUUCCAAUUUAUUAGAGAUGUCAUGUUGGCACAGCUGGGAAAACCCGAAACUGAAAGCUUCCAGGUUUUCCACACCCAGUUGACAAUUCACAGCCCUGCCCCACACCCACAAGUUCAUCCCAUUGUCCGAUCAACUCUUCACACUCAUCUUGGACACAAUCUUCUACAUCAGACGCAGGAUGUCCUUGAAUACGGAAUAUUGUUAUGACUAACUUUCUACCGCUCUAACAACAACCCCCCCCCAACUUCCCCAGCUAAAAUAUGUGGCAGUUAAAAAGCAAAAAGAAAAUUGCCUUCCAAAACUGAUAGCAGACCCCAAGUCAGAAUUUCUCCUCCCCUCUGACCCACACAGAAAGACCCCAAAGGGGGAGACUCUCUGCAGCAACACAAACAUUCUUUCUUUUUUUUAAUUUGAAUUUAUAUCCCGCCACGUCAGUUGUGCCAAGGGCAGCGAGGGACAACGCCAGCACCUCCCCACUGGGCUCGCUCUGCCCCUCGCCAUCUCCACGGCCAAGAGCGGGGCCACGGGCCGUUUUGCAGGGCUGCAGGCAUCGGGGCGAGGUCUUUUCGGGAGCCGCAACUGGGCAAAGCGGCCGAGGGACUCCGGGCUCCCCCCGGGCUUCCUGCCUCAACCUCCCCGCGGCGCGGCUGCCUGGGCUCCGAGCCCAAAGAGGGACGAGCGGGCGGCGCGCGGAGCUGCGCGUCUGCCUCGUCCGGGCAACCAAGGGCGACGCCGGCCGGGGCGCGGGGCAGCUCCGGGGAGCAUGCUCAGUCCCUGCCGGCGCCCGGUGGCGGCGGGGGCGCAACGGCCGGAGGAGAAGCCGGAGCAGGAGGAGCCGCCGCCGGUGGGAUGGAGCCGCCGCCCCCGCCGCCGCCGCCGCCGCCGCCCGCUGCCCAAGCCGGAGCCGAAGAGAAGGCGGGCCGGCCCGGGACGGCGGGGGUCGUCUCCUCCUCGCCACGGAGAGGGCCGAGCGCCGCGCCGCGGGGCCAGGCCGGGCUGCGAGGAGGCGGCGGGGGCAGCGCGCAGGAGCCGCCGCGCGAGGGCAAGGAGCCUGCCGGCGGGGUCGCGCCCGCAAUCCCGCCCCGGUCCCGCCCGCGCCCGCGCCCUCGCCCUCGCCGCAGCGCGCGCUCGGUCACGGUGGACAGCUCCAAGGCGCGCACCUCGCUCGAGGCGCUCAAGCUCAGCCUGCGCGAACUGCGCUGGAAGGAGUUUCCGUUUGGUCGCCGUUUGCCCUGCGACAUCUAUUGGCACGCUGUCUCCUUUCACGACAAUGUCAUUUAUUCGGGACAAGUCAACAAAUUUCCAGGCAUGACUGAAAUGGCACGGAAGGUCAACUUGAGUCGUGCCAUGAGGACAAUGCAGGAGCUUUUCCCCGAAGAGUAUAACUUCUACCCCCGCUCCUGGAUCCUCCCGGAGGAGUUUGCCAUCUUUCUCACUGAGGUCAACCUGAUGAAGGAGAACAACCCCAGAUGGAAACCCACCUUUAUUGUGAAGCCUGACGGGGGCUGUCAGGGGGACGGGAUCUACCUGGUGAAGGGCCCCGCGGAGAUCCGGUUGAUGGGCAACCUGCAGAGCAGGCCGGCCGUGGUCCAGGAGUACAUGGCCAAGCCCUUCUUGAUCGACAAGCUGAAGUUUGACAUCCGUUUAUACGUCCUGCUCAAGUCGCUGGACCCUCUGGAGGUCCACGUGGCCAAGGACGGGCUGUGCCGCUUCUGCACGGAGCCCUAUCAGGAGCCGGCACUGAAGAACCUCCACCAGGUCUACAUGCACUUGACCAACUACGCCCUCAACAUCCACAGCGGGAAUUUUGUCCACUCGGACAGCGGCAACACCGGCAGCAAACGGACGUUUUCCAGCAUCCUGGGCAAGCUGGCUUGCAGCGGCGUCAACAUCCGGAAACUUUGGUCCGAUAUCAUUUCGUUGGUCAUCAAGACGGUGAUCGCCAUUGUGCCCGAGCUGAAGGUCUUUUACCAGUCUGAUAUCCCUGCGGGCAAACAGGGGCCUUCCUGCUUCCAAAUUUUAGGAUUUGACAUCCUGCUGAUGAAGAACCUGAAGCCCAUUUUGCUGGAAGUCAAUGCCAACCCAAGCAUGAAGAUCGAACAUGAACAAGAGGUUUCUCCGGGAGUGACACAAUACAUCCCCAGUCCGGUCGAUGAAGAAGUUAAGGUGGCCGUUAUCCGGGACACCCUCCGAUUGGUGGAUCCCCACAAGAAGAAGAAGAAGCAGGAGGAGGAGGAGGAGGAGGAGCCGGCAGAACAGCCAUUAGCUGAACAUGUGGAACUGGCAGCCCAGGAGGAGACCUUCCUCCAGGAGGAGCUGGAGGACAAGCCCAAGCUGGGGGAGAGCCCCCCUCCGGAAGCCAAGCCCCCCGCCGUCUGCCUGAAGGAGGUCUUCCCCAAGUACGCCAAGCAGUUCAGCUACCUGCGGCUGGUGGAAAGGAUUGCUGCCCUCUUCAUCCGCUUCCUGGGGGUGAAGGGGACCACCAAGCUGGGGCCCACCGGCUUCCGGAUGUUUAUAAGGAACAGCAAGAUCAGCAACAGCGGCUUCAGCAUGGCCGCGGCCGACAUUCUGUACAUUGACAUCACCCGCCGGGGGAUCGGGCCCAGCGUGGACCAGCGGGAGGCCGGGAUGAGCCUCCAAGCCUUCGUGGAGGCCAUUUGCUUCCUAGCCCAGAGGAGGUACAAGUCCCUCUCGCUUCACGAGCAGGUGGAACUUCUCCUGGACUUUUGCGAGUACAACUUGGCCGUCCUGGAUGAGAAGCGCCUGGCUUGCAGCCGAAGCCUCUCCAGCACACAGGCCACCCUGGUCACCUGCCCGCAAGACCGGCUGCAGCUCAGUCCCGCCACGCCCGGCUCGGCUGCCUUCCAAAGAACCCAGAAGUUUGUCGACUGCAAAAGCUCCCAGCCCUGAAGAGGCCAUGAAGGUCUCACCGGCCUGAUGCCCAGCCUGUGCUGCAGGAGGGGGAGCCAUGCCCAGCCCUCCCUUUAGAGACAUUUGGGGUGGGGGUGGGGCACGGCAUGGCUUGACCAACGCUCCUCAGCCAAACUCCUUCUUGACAUGGCCUGUUGGCGCAUCAUCAGACCGGAGGGGCGAGGAGGGAUCCCGGAUUGUCUUCUCCAGCCACGCAGAGCCAUCUCCAGUGAGGAGCCCCCUUGCCCGAGGGAGCCCAGUCUCCAGGGGCUGGGCUGGGGUGGGGGGCACGUUUGGCAGGGAGGGGAGAAGUCACGAGAUCGGUGGUGUGGGUGCACAAAGUGGUAGAAAGGAGGAAGAGAGCAAAUCGUAUGGUGAACUAAAAUCCUAUUUAUGUAUGCCAGCUGUGUCGUCUUCAUUGGGAAGGGGAUGCGGGGUGAGAGGCAGCCUGGGGAUGCUUGCGUUGCAUGAAGGGGGAAUCCCCUGCCCAGAUGUGGAGCCCCUUCCAGAUGUGGAGCUGCUGCUCAAAAGAAACUGGGGUGCUUUUCCCAUUGACCGGUGAUGGAGACCCCCUCCCGUCCCUCUGCUCCUCUCCAAAGGCUGACCUGGUGGCAGGAUUUGGUGUUGCUCCUCCUGACCGAAGCAUCCAGGGGUCCCUUUCCCCCUCCAAUGCCCCCCCCCAUGGCAGAGUUUUUGAAAAUGUUCCCAGGCAGAAAACAGCUUCUUCAGAAGGCCUGCAGCCCUCGGUGCAAUCCCAGUCAUUGGGGGUUUAUGUCUCUCAUGGGGGUAGAGAAGUCAGUGGGCCUUUUUGGGGGGGCUUUCAGAUUGGUAGGUGGGCCUCCUCCCUCAUGUACCAAGAAGCCCACUUGAAUCUUGGGCCCUGGGGGUGCCUUGGCAAGUCCAGCUUGACCCGAGUGCCAGCCUCCUCCUCCCCAUGCCCCCAAAGGGAUCCAGCCAAGACUGCUUGGCCCUAAAAAUCAGAUCCCUGAGAAUAUUUAGGGGAACUAAAAGGAAGCCUUUUAGUCAAGGAUUUGACUGGCAAAGAGAUCAGUUUUCAGAGGGAUGCUUUUGUGUUGUGGAACAAAAGGCGAUAAUGAAAUACUUUCAUUAAGAAGAGAAAUAAAAGAGGAUAUUGUUGCUAAACAACUGAAUUCCCGGAGGAUUAAAUGAAGGUAUUCAAUAUUUACCAUUGAUUUGAUUCUGGCAGAUUGCAGCUUUUUCCUUUGUUUUUUCUUGGAGUGUUCACUGCAAAAAUAAUUUCCCUCUAAGUUUAAUAUUCUGUUCCGCUAAAUACAUUCGUUAGUUUGUUUUUUCUAAAAAAAAAAAGAACCGUACUAAUAUCAGAAAUAAUGUUCCUUUUCAAAUGGAGCUUUCUAUUGACUUCUAAACGU